UCUGAAUUUUGAUAUCUUGAUAUGAAGAAAGAAUUAAUAAUGGAUAAUCUGAGGCAAACCCUUGGGAGUUUUGCAAUGGUGGCAUUACUCUUUGUUGGAUUUAUUAUCAUUUACAAUGGCUCAUUCUCAUCUUUUUCCCCUCAAUUACUUCAAUCAAAUGAGAGUACCAAUAUUAAUGAAGCAUAUAAAGAUGGUCUUGGAGCAGCUUUGGCCAAAGCUUCAAAGGGAAAUAACAAAACAUUGAUAAUUGCUAUUGUAAAUAAGGCUUAUGUAGAACAAGAUGUUAAUGAUGAUAUCACCAUGUUUGAUUUGUUUUUAACCAGCUUUUGGCUUGGAGAAGGAACGAGGUCUUUGAUUGAUAAUCUUCUCAUCGUUGCCGUUGAUCGAACGGCUUACGAUCGAUGCGAGUUUUUUAGAUUGAAUUGCUUUAGAUUGGAAACCGAUGGAGUUGAUUUUGAAGGUGAAAAACUUUACAUGUCUCAAGAUUUCAUCAUGAUGAUGUGGAGAAGGACAAUUUUUCUUGGGGAAGUUCUAAAACGUGGUUAUAACUUCAUUUUCACGGACACUGAUGUAAUGUGGUUAAGAAAUCCAUUUAAAAAGUUGAGCUUGGAAAGAGAUGAAGACCUCCAAAUUAGCACAGACCACUAUCAUGGGGAUCCUUGGUCAGAAAAUAAUAUAAAUACUGGAUUUUACUUUGUUAGAUCGAACAACAAGACAAUUUCCUUGUUUGAAACAUGGUACAAAAACAAAGACAAUUCCACGGGGAAAAAGGAGCAAGAUGUGCUUGAAGACCUAAUUGAAGGUGGUAUAUUUAAACAUUUGAAACUCAAGGUUAGAUUCUUAGAUACACUUUAUUUUAGUGGAUUUUGCCAAGAUAGUAAGGAUUUCAGAGCUGUAACAACUGUUCAUGCUAAUUGUUGUCGAAGCAUCACUGCAAAGGUGGCUGAUUUAAAGACAGCUCUUCGUGAUUGGAAGCAAUUUAAGAAGUUAGAUGUUAAUUCUACCAUGAAUAUUCAUUGGUCAAGUCACGAGAGGUGUUCCCAAUCUUGGGUAGGGGUGUAAUCGGAUUGGUUUGGACCGAUUUUUAGUCAAAAAAGGUUCAAACCGAUGAUAUCUCCAUCAAGUUGGUUUGGUUGAUUUUUAAUAUUUUUUGAAAAUGAAACCAAACAAAACUAACCGGGUUGAUUUGAUUUGGUUUGGUUUGGUUCGGUUAUCGGUUUAUGAUGUUUUUUACAAACAUUAUAUUUAUUAAUGUAUUCUCCAUUAUUGUGUUUGU